AUGGCCUGGUACACCACAGACUAUUGCACCCUCUGCUGUCGGCACAUCCCCGUCUACUCAUGGUACUACCACUCCUACACCUGUCAUCGGCGCACCAUCACCAGCACCAGCACCAGCACCAGCGCCCACGGAACUCGGCGUUCGCACUCGCGUCACCGCCGUGAGCAUGAUCGUGAGCGCGAUGAGUACGAGUACGAAACUACCAUCCGGCGCACGCGGAGUCGAAGCCGUCAUGGGUCUACUUCGUACUACUACUACCUUCCCUGGAGAUAUCAUCAUCGCCCGGCGGCUGCUCCUGCUCCCGCGCCGGUGAGAUGUCCUACGCCUGCUCCUCCUGCGUUGCCGGAACCGCUGCCUUGUCGGAGCCGGAGCAGCCGUCGGAGGGGUAGUGAGGAUACUACCGCUAGGGAUAAGGAUAGGGGGUGGAGGAGGAGGACGGUGGAUAUUUAUAUUGAGCAUUAA